CAUGUUUUUGAGUAGUUGGUAGGGUGAAUGCCAUUUGUCGUGUGGUCGGGUGCCAUAGCAACGGCUCAUGAGAAACAUUGUGUAGCUCGGUCCAGUUUGACGUGCUCGAUUUUUGGAUGACAGCUGCGUUCAUGCGGACAAUUUGGACAGCGGCAACUCUUGCAACAAAAUUGCCGUUGUGUCUCGAUCGCUGUCUCGGCCGUCCAUGAGCCGAUCGGUGCCAUAACGGACCAGAUCCACCAAGCAGCUAAAACAAGUACUAGUUGUCGCGGGUAUAGGAUAUAUACGGAGACGCGUGAUAGUUAUUUGAAAAUGUAACGCUGUAUGUUUUACUGCACAGUCGCCCAUGUCGGGCAGAAAGGAUUUUUUUUUUUUUAAAUCGCCGUGCCCUGGUGUGACUGGCGCGUCUCCCGGCUGCAUCAGCGCCUGUUGCUCCCCAUGCGCGGCCAAUGCCAGGAUAUUAAUUUUCCCUUUUCCCUGCGAUGUGUUGUCUCCGCACACCCCCUCCCUUCCCCUCCGUUCGCUCCACAUUCUGCUCUGUCCAUUGUUGUCAUCCAUUUGAGCAAAAGGCAUCUGGUGAGAGAAUGAAUGCUGAUGACUGCAAUGGACGCUUAUAUGCACAAGGUAAUGGAGGAGAGACAUCACUGGAACAGGAUUUUCAUGGCGGAUUGCAGGGUCCUUCAGCAAGAUCUCCAAACAGUCAGCAGUCCUCGCCACACCGCUCCCUUAGUGCAAACUCCAUCAAGGUUGAGCUGUGCAGUGACGAUGAGUCACCAGGUGCUCCACAGCCAGAGAACAGAGAGGCUGUGAGGGACGAUAGCAGGAGGGAUGACAGAGGGGACCUCACGGAAGAAGGGGGCACAGAGUACACUGGGGCUAGAAGAGACAGAACGAGUAUUUACAAUGAGAUGGCCCGUCCAAACGCUGCUUCACCAGGACCCAUCCGGCUGCCAAAUGGGAAGCUCCAGUGUGAGGUGUGCGGGAUGAUCUGCAUCGGACCCAACGUGCUGAUGGUCCACAAGCGUAGCCACACAGGUGAGAGGCCUUUCCAGUGUAACCAGUGUGGAGCUUCCUUCACCCAGAAGGGGAACUUGUUGCGCCACAUCAAGUUGCAUUCGGGAGAGAAGCCUUUCAAAUGUCCCAUUUGCAACUACGCUUGUCGCCGGAGAGAUGCCCUGGCUGGACAUCUACGCACACAUGCAGUUUCUUCUCCAACGGUGGGAAAACCUUUCAAAUGCAGCUACUGUAGCCGCAGCUACAAGCAACAGAGCACACUGGAGGAACAUCUAGAGCGCUGCCAUAGUUAUCUGAAGAGUCUGGACCACCAGACAGCCGUCAACACACAGACAGCACAGGGUGAAGAGUCACUAAAUAUGGAGACAAUUACUAAACCUGUGCUCCAGCCAUCCAAUGAAAAAAUCCAGUUAGUGGAUAGACUGGCUAUUAGCAUCACCAAACGCAAGAGGUCAACCCCACAGAAGUUUUUGGGUGAAAAGCACAUGCGCCUUGACCUACCUGAAGCACCUUAUGAAUUGUCCUCUGGCUCUGAGAAGGAGGGGGACCUCAUGAGCUCUCUGCCUGCUGGGGACUCUACCGGGUUGGCUGGUUCACAUCUCCAAGGCGGCAGGGCCAAAGGGGAGAACCACGAGCCGCCUGCGCUCCAUACUGCCUUCUUAUCGGAGCUACGCACAGUUAUAGGCUCCAUCAACAGCAACAUGACUCCUCAGGGCCUCCGAACCCAUGGUGGAGGUGGGCCGAUAGCAACUGGCUGGUCUGGGCGGGAGGCAGGUGAAGGCCGUGAUGACCAACCCUCAGCUCAUAGCCACGCCACCUCGCCCAACGGCUGCCCCGACUCUACAGACACAGAGAGCACAGCAGAAGAGCAGAGCACAAGGGCUACAGCCCCAACAAGUACCUCCAACAACCACCACCUCCACUACCAAACCCUAGCACUGCCCCACAGCCAUCCCACUUCCAGCCCCAGCCAGGCCAAAGACUUAGAAGCAGAAUGGGAGAGAGCAUGUCCUGUACCCCCCACCAUAGUAAAGAGGAGCCCUGGCUCACUCCUUUCUUCCAGGGAGACUGUCCAGGUGUUAGAAAGUGAUGGCCGGCCUGUGCGCUCCUUCCACUGCCGGCACUGUCGCAUCCUCUUCCUGGACCAUGUCAUGUUCACCAUCCACAUGGGUUGUCAUGGCUUCCGCCAACCCUUCGAGUGCAACAUCUGUGGCCACCGCAGCCAGGACCGCUACGAGUUUUCGUCUCACAUCAGCCGCGGAGAGCAUCAGGUGGGCUGAGGAGAGGGUAUAGUGGUUCAGAUGAGGAGAGGAGGUGAUGGCUUCUCUCUCUCAAUGUGGGCUCACGUUUGUUCUGCACCAGAUAAGUUUGCUUUAAAUCCGUAGUGUUAGUAAAAAGGAUUUGUGGUUUUAUUGUGAGAAUAUUUAUUAAACUUAAGCAGGCGCGAGUGAAAAAAAUAUUUUCACUGCAACAUUUAAAAGUUUAGUGGAGGCAAAUUACAUUCUAUGAUUGAUUGCACUCCCAUAUCAAAUCAUGUGGCAAAACUGCUGGUUUUGCUUCAAAAGUGCCUUCUUUGGGGAUUUCCUCUUUACUAAAAAAUAAAAGACAGAAAAGAAAACCGGAGUGGAACUGGUGCUCAAAAAUCUUGACUAGCCAUCUUUUACUAAGUGAUUUAGUUAGCACUUUUGAGAGCUAAUGUGCACAGGCAGUUAAGAAAAGCAUGUACAUUUUAAGAAUUAUAUUUGGUAUGCUUCAUAUGCACUAAGAGCUUUGUUUUUGUGGUUGAAGAGGGGAUUUUGUGUAGUGUGUCAGGUAAGCUUAAAAUGCACUGAGAGCUUGUGCCUCUGGGUUUGGGAGGAGCUUUUGUCACAGACAAAGCACAGAAAUGGACUGCCUUAACUCCUGCAGUGGUACGCUGCUGUAGGAAUACAUUGUUUACAGCAUGGUUCGACAGUGUGUGAAGUCACCUCAGAAGAGAGAGUAUGUGCAGCAGCACAGCGAGACUAUCAGGACAAAAAAAAAAAAAAUCAUGAAAUUAACUUGAAAACAUUCACCUGAGGGUGAAACAGGCGUUCAGGGCUCAGAUGUUAAAUAGGUUUUCGGAUUUUAAAGUGAGCCUUAGAAUACUGGUGCAGAUCAGACCAUGAGCUAUGUAGUGUACAGUAAGAGCCUGACUGAGAUGGCCCAUGGGUGCUAUACCUAUACGGGAUUGCACUUUUAGAUUUCCUGCUUAUAUAUGAACAUCUUUGCCGAAGCACUUGAUGGCUUUACACAUUUCUUUUUGUGAUUGUUCUACUGCACUGAUAAAUCGCAUACUACUCACAAUAACUGAUCGUCUAAUUUGCAACACCAGUGUGUGUUUUUGAACAGAGCCAGCCUUCUACAGAAUCCCACAGCAGUGCACCGGUUCUGCAUUUUGUGCUCAAGUUUGCUGCAAUGUGUGACUGAGAAUUCAACAUCAGUUCAACUAAAACAAUUCUUUUGCGGUUUUGCACUCAGCAGUUGAGGCUGAGAUUUUGGACCUUUUUUUCGCAUAAUGUAAGAGAAUUAACAAACUAAUUAUUUAAAAAUGACUUAGCAAAAUCAGUUUGGAUCUGUUCAGUUAUCACUUGUGAUUAUCUAUUUAGUGUUGUUUGUUUCAGCCUUGGUGUAUUUAAUCAGCUAUAUUCCAAAUCUUAUCCAGCAUAUUCCUCAAGUCCAUGAAAUGUUACCUCCUGCUUCUUUAUAGCACCCAAAAACCUUAUUGCUACAGUAUGGUGAGUUUUCUGAUAACGUUAAUAUUGGGAACACGAAUGAGACCAAACUCAGUAUUCUUACUUGUUAUUGUGGGUUUUGCUGCUUCACAGUUUUAACUUAAUUUCCUUUAAUUGCAGGCAAAAAUAUACUUGAAACUGUUUGAGAAAAAAAGUGAUCGAAAAAUGCACUUGGUUUGAUAAGUAGAGAAGUGUGUGUGAAUGGAAAAUAGCAUGUGUGCUUGUCGUUUUCUGCUUUUCCCUGAAUUGUGAAUUAUUUUUUGAAAUGUGAAGUACUUUCAAGAAGUGAAAAUGAGGCAUGGGUUUUUGUCUCCUUGUGUGGACUUUUAAAUGUUAUACGAUAUUUUGUGAAUGAUGUAACAUGACAAAACACUUUACCUCAAAGUUAAAGAUGUACAACUGCCUCAUUACUGUAUUUCAAAAAGUCAUGUUGCUUACCAAGAUGUUCUUGCAGUUACAAAUGCGUGCCCCUCGAUAUUCUCAAAACUUUUUACUGUCAAUAAAAGUUAUGUUUAUUGUAAAAGUGA